AGACAGGAAUUGAAAAAAAGCAAAGAGGCUGGAGUGCUGCCAUGGCGGCAGGUCGUUUUCGAUGGCGUAUUGCUGCUCAGCUUUCGAAUGUUCUAGAAAUACCACCAGAUAACUUGAUAAAGUCAAUCUGUGCUAUUCCAGUGUCAAAAAAGAGACAAGCUGCUGGUUUCCAGUUCUUUGUGAGUUCUGUGCUUGAUGCUAGCAAUCAGUCUAAGUCAGAUAUUCAGCUGCAAACCCAGAAGCUGGCCGAGAAGUUAAAAUGUGAUACAGUUGUGAGCGAAAUCAGCACAGGUGAAGGAAGGAUAAAUUUCACAAUAAAUCAAGAAUUAUUAGCAAAGUCAGUGUUGCAGCAAGUGUUUAAGGAUGGCUCACAAUAUGGAAUAAAGAGUGAACUUUUCUCAGGAUUGCCAAGAAGAAAAAUUUUAAUUGAGUUUAGUUCACCCAACAUUGCAAAGAAGUUUCAUGUAGGACACUUGCGUUCUACAAUAAUCGGAAAUUUCAUAGCAAACCUCAAAGAGGCUUUUGGACAUCAUGUUAUAAGAAUGAAUUACCUUGGAGACUGGGGCAUGCAAUUUGGUCUACUUGGAGCUGGCUUCCAGAAAUUUGGCUCUGAAGAAAAGUUAAAAUUGAACCCUUUACAGCACCUGGUUGAGGUCUACAUAGAAGCUAACAAAGCAUCAGAAAAAGAUGAAACUAUUAAAGCGAUGGCACAAGAUUUCUUUAGAAAACUGGAGGCACAUGAGGAAGAAGCCUUGUCUUUGUGGCAACGUUUUAGAGAUGUCAGCAUUGAAGAAUAUGUCCUGAUGUACAAGCGCCUGGGAGUGUGCUUUGAUGAAUAUUCUGGAGAAUCUUUCUAUCAAGAGAAGUGUCAAGAAGUUCUAAAGAUGUUGGACACCAAAGGACUCCUCAAGAAAACUAAGGAAGGCACAGGAAUAGUUCACCUUUCUGAAAAUGGAGAGUCAUGUUGUGCUGUAAUGCGUAGUGAUGGAACGUCUCUCUACAUAACAAGAGACGUUGCUGCUGCUAUAGAUAGAAUGGAUAAAUGUAAUCCUGAUACCAUGAUAUAUGUUACAGAUAAAAGCCAGAACUCUCAUUUUCAACAAGUGUUCCAAAUACUGAAACUACUGGGUUGUGAAUGGGCAGAAAGGUGCCAGCAUGUGCCAUUUGGAAGAGUUCAAGGGAUGAGAACACGAAAAGGAGAGGUGGUUUUCCUUGAAGAUGUUUUGGAUGAAGCUUGCUCCAUGGUAUUAGAAAGAAUGGCUUCUACAAAAACAACCAAAGAACUGAUCAACCCUCUUGAGACUGCUCAAAGAGUUGGACUUGCUGCACUAAUAAUUCAGGACUUCAAAUGUCUCUUAUCAUCUGACUAUCAGUUUAGCUGGGAUCGUGUUCUCCAAAGCCACGGUGACUCUGGUGUCUUCUUGCAGUACACACAUGCCAGGCUGCACAGCUUAGAAGAGGUGUUUGGAAAAGUCAGUCACGUCUCCUAUAUUAACCCUGCAUGUUUAGAAGAUCCACAAGCUAUUUCCUUAAUUCAGCAUCUUCUCAGAUAUGAUGAAAUUCUUUACCAAUCUUCUCAGGAUCUUCAGCCUAAGCACAUUGUCGUGUAUCUUCUGGCACUCAGCCAUUUAGCCGCUGCAGCUCUUAAAAUGCUACCUGUGAAAGGGAGUGUGCCGGAAAUAGCAGAGGCAAGGAUCUGUCUGUUCCUGGCUGUACGCUCUGUUCUGGCUAAUGGAAUGAAACUUCUAGGAAUCACACCUGUAAAUAAAAUGUAAUAAGACUGUCAAUGUCUGCCCUAAAAUAUGUGUGUUUCAAAGACCAGAAGUGGUUAUGCUGUUGUCGUCCUCUUUUUUACUCAGUGCCAGAGGAUUACUUUAAAAGCUCAGGGAGUAACUUUGUGCAAGAAGCUCUCUGGUUAUGCUACUAAGCAAAUCCCGAGAUGUAUUAUUGAUCUCUCUCUCAAAAGACUGUCAGUACUAUGAGGCGAUUGUACCAGUGUAUGGUGUUCUGCUGGUACUAAUAGUGUGGUGGUGCCAAUUCUGUGGAAUAGACUGCCUGAAAAAACUUCUGAUUUUCAAGGAUGGUCAGCUGUUCCAUUUCUCUCCUUAUGGUGAGAUUUUGUCAAUCUUCUCAUCUUCAGCCUAAGCACAUUGUUAGCGAUCAUCUGACUUUCAGGAGAUGUUGUAAUUUGAAGUUAUUCAGGAGGGACUAAUAGCAGCUAGAAGUGACUUACUGCACUUAUACACAGCUUUUCUUGACAGACUAUUGCCCCACUUAAGAGUGGUGAACAAAGUCACUGUCUUGUUAUCCUCACAGUACAGCUAGGGAGCUGGGGCUGAGAGGAGGGGCUUGCUCAAGGCCACCUACUGAGCUCAUGGCAGUAGUGAGAUUAGAACCAGCAGAGUGCUGAUUUGGAGACCAGCCACUUAACCACUAUGCUGCUCCAGACUUUUUUGUUAAUGACUGGUUUAAAAACUUGUUGCAAGCCACUUUGGCUUUCUUUGUCAGAGGAAAUCUGUGAAUUAGGAUUUUCAGGUCUUCUCCCUAGCUAGCACCAUUUUCCACCCACUUCCUUUGUUAUGUGUUACACACACAACCCACUCUUUCCCCGUUCUCCAAAAUGCCAUUUUAUAGGAAGGAAAGAGAUCCCAUGACAUACCAGAAACUGAUUGAAGGAAUUAAAAGGAGUUUUUUUACUACUACGGGGAAUUCCUUUUGCUUUCCCCUUGCGAAAUGCAAGUUUGCAGGCUUUAUGGCCGGCCUCUAUUUGGCAAAUGCUACUUAGGAACUUCCUGCAAUAGCAGCGAGAGUCUUUUUUGUUCUUUUGUCUAACAGUCAAGGCCAAUUGUGUGCCCUGUUGAGAAUGUUCCAUAAAUUUUGUUCAUCUUCCAUCAUCAUCAUCAUCUAUAUAGCCCUUUCAGGACUGAGAAGCACUGAGAAAAGUAAGAUCUACUAAUUUUGUCCCCUAACAGUAAUUUCACAAACUCUGCCAUGGUACCAAUUCAAGCGAAAUAGGAGCUGGUGGUCUGCAGCACAGAAAAGGUUAGGAAGAAGUCCUCAUCUUCUUUAACCCAUCGUAAACAAGAUCCAUUUUAUCCUGCUGUCCAUCCGAAACUAGCUGCACAAGCAGCUUAGUGAACUACAACAAAAUUUACAAUUAACAUUCAAUACAAGUAUUUUUGUAUUGUUUGUUGAAAAUUCACAAGGAGGGGGGUGCUUGACUGCUUCCUCCUCUCCCUCUGAUGAUGCUAUCACCAGCAGUUGCUAUAAAAACAUAAUUUCUAUGAAGUUAAAAUUUAGGUGCUAGCAUGUCAGUUUAGGUAAUCUUGACUAGGAUGGUUGUUGUGGGUUUUCCGGGCUGUAUUGCCGUGGUCUUGGCAUUGUAGUUCCUGACGUUUCGCCAGCAGCUGUGACUGGCAUCUUCAGAGGUGUAGCACCAAAAGACAGAUAUCUCUCAGUGUCACAUCUUGACCAGCGUCAUCAUUUCUUCCAGUUUCAUGCAGUCAUAAGUUGGUUCUUUCUGAAACAGGCCAACUUAUAUAGAAAAAAAUGUGUAACAAAAACACACCUUUACUCUUACAAAAGCAGCUAUAACACUGAAUGUAACAUUUCCCCCUUGUAUCAAUUCCAGUCAGUGUUGAUUUCGGUGGGUGGAUGCGAAUAAAUACACAUCUGAGAAAUGUCUAAUAUACACUGCUUUGGUCGUUUUUCUAAAUACAAAAAGUCAAAUGCAAGAAGAGCUGUACCCAAAAUGGCACAU